AUGGGAAAUAAAGUGUUUCGUAGCCGAAAUCAUUCAAAAUACGAUUUGAAUACUGCAGACAACGAUUUGGUUAAGAAAAAUGACAGAAAAUCUUCAUCUAUUGUCUCAUAUAUACAGACAGAGGAUGUCAUACAUGAAGAAUCAUAUGAUAAUAAUAAUAGAUUAGUUGUAUCAGCUAACAAUUCAGAUAACAUAGAAAAUAGUGGACAACAACAGCAACAAGAAGAAGAAGUUGUGAAAAAUGAUGUCAAUAGUAAUAACAUUACAACCAGUGGUGAACCAACUAAAGAGUCGACUAAUACAACACCAGAAACAACAACAACAACGACAGUCCCGACAGCCGCCGCCGAAACUCCUGCCGAGAGUUCGGUAAAAACUGACGAAACGCCAGCCAAACCACAAGUAGAGACACCAGUUGUUGUUGAGACACAACAACAACAAAGUCAAGAACAGCCAACAGCGGAACCGUUAGCCGACACAACACAACAACAACAACAAUCGCCACCAGAAUUGCCAGAAUCGUCAACAGUUGCCGCCGUAGUAGAAGCUGUCGCUGAACAGACUAAUCAAACAACAACAGUUCCAACUGAUCCAGUAGUAGAACAACAACAACCACAACAACAGCAAACAGAAUCUGCAGUACAAGCAGUGGUUGAACCAACACAAGAGCCCACAGCGGCGGCUGAGAUCCAACCAAUUUCGUCGGCAGAAACACCUAUAGAAUCGAUAGCACAGCCGCCACCGGAAUUAGCUGCAGAAGUGAUUGCAGAGUCGACACCCGAAACAGCGCCAGCGGUUGUAUCUCAACCCGAACCUAUAACCGAAACUAUAGCACAACCCGUUAUCGCCGCGGAAACUGCUUCCCAGAGUCCGCCAACAGAGUCAGCACCGGAACCGAUAACUGCUGUCGAAACUGUAGCACAAACAACGGAAUCGGUACCAGAGGUUACUUCACAACCGGAGACUACUACUACUACUACACCACAACUAGUUUCAGAAGCGGAAGUUCAGCCACAAUCGACUCCCGUAGCCGUAGUACCAGAACCUGCUGUUGCAGAGUCAACAACACCAACAGAAACUACUCCGGAAACAGUGGUCGCACCAGAAGUUCCUGAAGCAGAGUUACCGACGACACAAUUACCGACAGAAACAGCAACAACAACAACAACAGUACCGGAACCAACAUCUCAAGCACCAGUAGUAGUAGCUGUUGAGACACCACAAGUACCAGCAGUAGAUGCUGUUGAAUCGGUAGCACCAGCGGAACCGACAGCGGCGGCAACCCCGGCCUUACAGUCAGAAACAGAUCAGACCAGUGUUGGACAAACACAAACAGCAACCGAAUUACCAAACAAUGAAGAGUCGGCUAAAACUACCGCAACCACCACUGAAACACAACCAACUAUUGAACAACAAUCAGUAACAAAUAUAUCGGCUGAAGAACCGUCGUCGCAACCAUCGGGUCCACAGCCGGCUCCGCGAUCUAGUUUGCAACAGGAGGUCAACAUUACCGCUGACGCCACCGCCGCCGUCGCCACCACCGAUGCCCCACAGGAGCCAGCAGUUCAGCCACCCGUAGCCCAGGAGGCGACUACUACUACCAGUUAAACUAACCACAAGACUACCGUAACUGUGUGGCCAUACAUACCUUUACCAACAUAUUUGAAUAAAAAAAAAACAUUGGAUUUAUAAAAUAAAAUAAUUAAAAAGUUAUUUAUAAUAAUAAUUAUUAUAAUUGAUAUUUAAUUUACAUACAGUUUAGUUUUGUUCAAAGUAUUAGCAACUAUUACUACGACUACUACUUAUAUAAUUUAAUUUAUGAUAAUUAUUGUCUACUGUAUUAUCGGAUA